GUGGAGCAAGUUUUUUGCUUAUUUCUAUUAUGUGAAAGUUUCGAAGCAAACACAAGAGAGAAACAGAGAAAGCAAAAGAGAGGAAGAAAUGGGUGAAAAAUUUGAGCUUGGAGAUGUGAAGCAUCCCAAAGAAGAAGCUAUGGAGCUUGAGCCCUCUAGUCAUGAUCUGCCCAACAUUAAGAGCAACAGGGCCAGAAACAAGCCAUCUGCAAUUAGUAUCCCAACUCGUGCUCCAGCUCAGCUUACAAUCUUCUAUGCCGGGAGUGUUAGUGUCUUUGAUGCAGUUACUGCAGAAAAGGUUCGCGAACUUCUUAUUGCGGCUGCUGCAGCUGCUGCUGAAAAGGUCAUUGAUGUAAAGAAUAGUGGCAACAGCUGUCCUUCAAGUCCACAGAUACAAACUGGGUCAAAUUCUUCUACUGCUCCUAGUUCACCAGUUGUCCAGCUCUACCCUGACCAGAAUAGCUCCAUAUGUAAAUUGCAAGCUGAAUUCCCAAUUGCAAGGAGACACUCUCUUCAACGCUUCCUGGAGAAGCGUAGGGACAGAUUGGGCAGCAAGAGUCCGUAUCCUGCUUCACCAGAUACACCGGUUGAUGAUAAUGCAAAGACAAACCUCAGCAACAAUGCUUCUUCCGGUUUGGGUUGUUUUAAACAAUCUGCCGUGGCUCAGGAACAAAUUCAACCAAGUUCUGCUGCCUAGCCUGAAGCCCUGAACUCUUAUGAAGAACUUCUGGAUGACAUGAAACUUCUGUCUUCAUUUAACUCUCAAUAUUUCUACGGUCUUGUGGUAAAAACUAUGUAACUUGUGAUAUGUGUGUUUCACUUGCCUGUUUAGUGUUAUGUUAUCGGGCAUGAGAUGCUUACAAGUUCUCCCAAGCAAUUGAGCAUAGAGAAUGAACCUCGGGACAGAUGGAGGGUCAGGACUCUGUUCAGUUGCUAGUUGAGAAAUUGUAAUCAUGUGUCCUCGGUUAUGCCUAGGCAUUUGAAACUGUAUUUGAAUUUGGAUUGUCUAGCAUAUGACUGUUUGCAACAUUGUAGCCUUGCCUAGAUCAAAUAACGAACUACACUGUUGUUGCGUGUUGAUUAUUAAGUAUCAUUGCCCGUUUGUCUG